UUAAAAACAGCUGAGUGCUAACAGAGCUAGAAGAAGAAGAAGAAGCAUCCACACACGUGUGGGAAUUCAUCCACUUUGAAUUCAGAAUUGUUUAUUUAAUGUUUUUUAGCCGGCUUAUAAACAACUACACCAAGGCAGUUCGCCUGAAAACCCUCAGUAAUCCCUGGAACCGCCACAAAUCCUUUGCGGCAGCCAUGUCAGAGGCCCUGGACAAACUGGAGUUGGAAAAGGAAGCCAGAAAAAAGGCCAAGAGCCUGGAGGACGAGGGCGUGAAGGAGACCAAUCGGAUCAAGCGAACGCUGAAGCGCAAAAAGUGGGUCGACUGGAAGGAGCAGGACGAGAAGGAUGCGGCCAGCGGGGUGAAGCGGCCGCCCUUCGAUCCCGCCGAGCGGAUCAAGCGCAAGAAGAGCGCCAUCCUGCUAAGCUACUGCGGGGCCAACUACUUCGGGAUGCAGCGGAAUCCCGGAAUGCAGACCAUAGAGGAGGAGCUCUUCAAGGCCAUGCUCAAGCACAAGUGGAUCACGGAGGACAGCUUUGAGCAGGUGCAGAUCGCCUGCUUCCAGAGGGCCGCCCGCACCGACAAGGGUGUCUCCGCCGCCCGCCAGGUGUGCUCCGUCAAGCUGCCCGAGGAGCUGGACCUGGAGGCCUUCAAUGCCGACCUUCCGGAACAGAUCCGACUUUUUGGAGUAGAGCGUGUGACCAAGGGCUUCAAUGCCAAGGAUCAGUGCAAUGCCCGGACCUACACCUACACACUGCCCACCAUGGCCUUUGCAUCCUGCGAAGAAAAGGUUGAGGACUUGCACGAUACCUUCCGCAUUUCCCCAGAGCUGCUGGAGAAAGUCAAAGACACCCUAAAGCUCUACGAGGGCACGAAGAACUUUCACAACUUUACUAGCAAGAAGAGCUUCCUGGAUCCCUCGUCCAAGCGAUUUAUCAUGUCCUUCACGUGCAGCGAGCCAUUCCAGAGCCCACAGGGCAUAGAGUUUGUCACCCUAAAGGUUAAGGGUCAGAGCUUCAUGCUGCAUCAGAUUCGCAAGAUGGUGGGUCUGGCCAUUGCCAUUGUGCGAGGCAACACGACGACGACGAGUUUGGAGCGGGCACUAACCGAGGAGCGCCUGGACCUGCCGAUGGCCCCUGGACUGGGCCUCGUCCUGGACACGGUGCACUACGAGCGCUACAACGAUCGCUACGGCAAGGACGGCAUCCACAACCCGCUUACGUGGGAGGCGCAGGAGGCAAAAGUCCAGGAGUUUAUUGAGCGGGAGAUCUUUAGUCAGAUCUACAAGACGGAAGCAGAGCAGCGCAACAUGCUCGACUGGAUAGGAACGUUGCACUAUCAUUCGUACGACACGAGAAAGGAUGACGCUCAUCCACCCACGGAUGGCAAGAAAAGUAAGGAUGGCGAUGAUGACAAUGAUGAAUAAACUUUUAGUAUAGGUGGAUUUUUGUGGAUGCAAGACAUUUGGAAGAUUUGAAUUUUAAUAUUUAAUUUGUAUUAAAAUAAAAGUGAAAUCUUUCUUUUUAAUCAGUUUAA